CUCCUCCUCCUCCUCCCCCUCCUCCCCCUCCUCCUCCUCGCGUUAGUUCCGGUCGCAGAGGAGACAGCGCCGCAGUUGCCGCCACAUCGAGGGUUCCUGGCUCUUUUCUCUUCGCCUUAAAUUCGGGUGUCUUUUAUGAAUAAUCAAAAGCAGCAAAAGCCAACGCUAUCAGGCCAGCGUUUUAAAACUAGAAAAAGAGAUGAAAAAGAGAGGUUUGACCCUACUCAGUUUCAAGACUGUAUUAUUCAAGGCUUAACUGAAACUGGUACUGAUUUAGAAGCAGUAGCUAAGUUUCUUGAUGCCUCUGGAGCGAAACUUGAUUACCGUCGAUAUGCAGAAACACUCUUUGACAUUCUGGUGGCUGGUGGAAUGCUGGCCCCAGGUGGUACACUGGCAGAUGACAUGAUGCGUACAGAUGUCUGUGUGUUUGCAGCACAAGAAGACCUAGAGACCAUGCAAGCAUUUGCUCAGGUUUUUAACAAGUUAAUCAGGCGCUACAAAUACCUGGAGAAGGGUUUUGAAGAUGAAGUUAAAAAGUUGCUGCUGUUCUUAAAGGGUUUUUCCGAGUCGGAGAGGAACAAGCUGGCUAUGUUGACUGGUGUUCUUCUGGCUAAUGGGACACUUAAUGCAUCCAUUCUUAACAGCCUUUAUAAUGAGAAUUUGGUUAAAGAAGGGGUUUCAGCAGCUUUUGCUGUAAAGCUCUUUAAAUCAUGGAUAAAUGAAAAAGAUAUCAAUGCAGUAGCUGCAAGUCUUCGGAAAGUCAGCAUGGAUAAUAGACUGAUGGAACUUUUUCCUGCCAAUAAGCAAAGCGUUGAACACUUCACAAAGUAUUUCACUGAGGCAGGCUUGAAAGAGCUUUCAGAAUAUGUUCGGAAUCAACAAACCAUAGGAGCUCGUAAGGAGCUCCAGAAAGAACUUCAAGAACAAAUGUCCCGUGGUGAUCCGUUUAAGGACAUAAUUUUAUAUGUCAAGGAGGAGAUGAAAAAAAACAACAUCCCAGAACCAGUUGUCAUCGGAAUAGUUUGGUCAAGUGUAAUGAGUACUGUGGAAUGGAACAAAAAAGAGGAGCUUGUAGCAGAGCAAGCCAUCAAGCACUUGAAGCAAUACAGCCCUCUUCUUGCUGCCUUCACUACUCAAGGUCAGUCUGAGCUGACUCUGUUACUGAAGAUUCAGGAGUAUUGUUAUGACAACAUUCAUUUCAUGAAAGCCUUCCAGAAAAUAGUGGUGCUUUUUUAUAAAGCUGAAGUCCUGAGUGAAGAGCCCAUUCUGAAGUGGUAUAAAGAUGCACAUGUUGCAAAGGGGAAAAGUGUCUUCCUUGAGCAAAUGAAAAAGUUUGUUGAGUGGCUCAAAAAUGCUGAAGAAGAAUCUGAGUCUGAAGCUGAAGAAGGUGACUGAAUUUUGAAACUACACCCUCAGUAAAGCCAACAGGAGUUGUAGAUAAAAUGUCAUGUCUCAUGUGUCCUGGUUCUUACAUCUUCCUACCUCCCUAUAUCAAGCAUGGUAUAAGGGCUUUCAUGGCAAAUUUUAUUUUAACUGUUUCUAUGGUUACUGGAAAUGUUGGGUUUAGUUUCUAAAACCAUGUUUUAAGUAGCUACAGGAGCUAUAGAUUUGAAUCUAAUGUUGCAUUAGUCUUUUCAGUUAUCUUCUACCUCCUGUAUUUUCUACUGUAAUAAUGUAAUUUAAGGCCUUCCACAGUGAACAGUUCACUUUAUUCCCUGGGUUUUCUAUAUAAACAGUUUUCAAGAUAUGAUUUGGUUAAAAACAAUUUGUUAUAAAAAUUCUGUUUGCAAAUUAAACUGUAAAAGUAUCCAAAGUCUCAGAAGGCAAUGAUUUGUGUGAUAAUUUGGUAUGAAAUGAAAAGGUGGCAUAUUUUAUGCCCAGAGCCCUCUUCAUCAAUGGAAAUCUAAUAUAAUAAUUGAAUUAAUUAAUACGACUCUUGAGUGUUUGGACCACUGCUUGCAUGUUAACAUGUUUUCUUGCAUUUUUAACCUCAGACUUCCUUAAGUUCAGUUGUUUGCUCACUGGUUUUCAUUCCUUAGUGAAGACAUAGAGACCAAAGUUGAAAGUAAGGUAUUUGAGAAAUCAUAUGUGACGGAGCUGGUGGGAAGAAGAAAGUUGAGUUUUUUCCCAGAAGCUUCUGCAUUCAGUUAAUAUCUUUCCAGGCAAACCAAGUGGGUAUUCUUUCCACACAACCAUUUUCAGAUGUACCUAAGAAAAGUUGUCAUCCAAAAUAUUUUAUACAAAAUACACUUACUUAGAUUGAUAGGAAAGAACAGGUAAAGGAGUGCAGAUGAGAGAAAUUACUAAUGUUAGUUUUAAACCCAGUAAAAAUUGUUGAAAAUGUUAAGUGAUGAGCAUAUUCUAAUUGAGACACUAAGUAUAACUUAUAUUUCCUAUUGGUUUAGUGUAUUUGUUGUAAAGAAUGAAGUGCAAUGAUAAUGAUAUAUUCCACUUGGUAAUACUGGACUGGCUUCAGUUAAUGUAUUCAAUAACAAGUCAAGCAUCUGGCUAUUGACAUACCCUAGUUGCCAUUUUUUUUAAUUGCCAUGAGCCAAAUACUUCUUCCGUAUGGUUGAUCCAUCUAUGUUAAUGGCUGCCUUUUAAUCUUCAUCUUUCUUUUCUUGCUGCUACCCAUUUAUGUACGUAGUCAAUAGAAAAGAAAAUGUGACGACAUUUUGGGGGGCAAGAGACUUCAUGUUAAGAGUGAACAUUUUUAAGGUUUUCUUAUCGGUGAAAGAAACUUACCUGGAAUAAUGCUGCCAGAGACUGAGUGGAAAUUACCCCUUGCUAAGGUGCCAUUCUUAUGAGCCAGGGAAAUGGUGUUUAAAAGUUCAUCUUGAGGGAAUAACGUGUAAUACAAUUUGAAAUAAAGGUGUAGUAACCUUAUGAAGAAGAGCAUUAUAACUGAUAACAUUGUGAAUGGGGUGAAUUUGUUAAAUGAAUAACUUUGAUAAAGUUUUCCUGCACAGGCAAAAUGUAUUCUCUAGGCUUCUAAGUAAUCUGCUUUUACUUUGUAAUUUGUACGUAGACCUCAAGACUUUUUUUUUUUUUUUAAAUAAAGUCCAUCCUUACACUUAGGUUU